CUCUCCUUGAGUCCCCUGCGGUGGUGGAGAGGGUGUCUCCUCUCAGCAGAGGAGAGAACGGACCUCUCCUGCACCUGUCCCCUCAGCGGCGCUGCCAAAGCCGGAAACCAGAAGUUGGAAACCGGAACUCGGCUUCACAAUGAGGCUUGGAGCGCAGGUGCACCUGCUCCAUCCAUCAUCUGUGCUCGCCGCACAGGAAUUUUUCCUCGCAUUUGGCAAGUGGGCGAGUGGCUUUUUUCAAGCCUUGACUUACAAGAUAAA